CUUUUGCAGCCUCAUAGGUCAGAAGGAUCGUGCACUCACUGCGCAGAGGCGGCAGCAACAACUGCGCCUGAACCAGAAGAAGAAACCUGCAGCAAAACACAAGUGGACAACUUCUGAGAGAUGGCUGUGCCGGCAGCGUUUCUGGUGUUAUGUGUUUUGGGGUUUUACCAUGUGGAAGCAGCACCAGACACACUGAGCUCUCUGGAUUCUUCUUUCUGUCAUGGUGGACUAGAGGCAAUCUAUCCAGGACUGGACAUUGACAAAUGCCUCAUAAUUUCAAAGGCUCUGAAACUCAGAGAAAAGGUCAGCACAGUUUGGGAAGCCCCUCAGAUUUACUUCUCUGGAGCACACAAGAAAAAGAUGUAUGUUCUGGUGAUGGUUGAUCCUGAUGCUCCAAGCCGCACCAAACCAACAUCUGCUUACUGGAGGCACUGGCUGGUCGUGGACAUACAGGGCAAUGCACUCAAGAACGGACACAUAAAAGGGACUACCCUCACUGACUAUCAUCCGCCAAGUCCGCCACAGAAGUCUGGUUUUCACCGCUACCAGUUCAUGUUGUUUGAGCAGCUUCCAGAUGCACAAGUGUCACUCACCGAGCAGGAGAAGUCGUCCCGUGGUCUUUGGAAUCUUCACGCCUUCAUCACAAGGUUUGAUCUGGGAGAGCCUGUGGCCACUCUGCAGUUUCUCACCCAAAACUACAGAGACUGAAGGAUGCUCAGAUGCCUGAAAGAUGUUGUGGAAGAAGAAUUUGUCAGUACAAUAAUAUCAAAUAAGAUGUUUCCCCACUUUCCCUGAAUUAAACAGCAUCAAUUCUUCAAAGCUUG